AUGGCUAGAAAGCAGCUACUCAAUGAGUCUAGGGGGCCAAAGGAGGCGGAUAAUCAAAUUUCUGACGUUCAAAGACCACUGGAAUAUGGGUCAAGGAAUUAUGUUACCACAGAAGAUGUAGGAGAAGCUCUCAAAAAGAUUGGGAGAACAAAGGCAGUCGGGCCAUAUAACAUUCCGAUUGAGCGGAAAAUAGAGAGGAGUGGAACAGCACCAGUAGAUGAACCAGAGGUGUCCAUUGAUGAAGCAGUUGUUAAAAGUAUGACCAAGUUGAAGUAUUUGGAAUUGAUCAUUCAAAGGGAUGGGGAGAUUGACGGAGAUGUAAAUCAUCGUAUACAAGCGGGUUGGCUCAAGUGGCGAGCAGCCACCGCGGUGCUAUAUGAUAUGAAAUUCCAAAGAAAGUUAAAAGGACAAUUCUACCGGGCAGCAAUCAGACCUGCUCUGCUAUAUGAGACCGAAUGUUGGCAUGUAAAGAAGAUGUUUGAACAUAAGAUGGAAGUAACAGAAAUGCGUAUGCUAAGGUGGAUGUGUGGGCACACAUUGAUUGAUCGAAUUAAGAACCAAGAGUUGAGGGACAAAUUAGGGGUAGCCCCUAUUUUUGGAAAAAUGCGCGAAAAUAGAUUGAGGUGGUUUGGACAUGUACAGAGAAAGACUUUCGUCGCCCCUAUGAGGAGGGUAGAAAGCAUUAUAGUAGAGGGUAAGAGGAGUCGAGAAAGACCCAGGAGAACUUGGGAUGAGCAAAUAAAAGUUGACUUACAUGAGUUAAACCUCUUUGUGGGCCUUACUAGGGAUAGGGAUAUGUCUCCUUAUCUUUCUCGAAUCGGGGGACUUCUUUGGUCGCGCUCUCCUUUAUGGGAAUUGGCGACCACCAUUUUAGUCGCUGGUUGGUCGCCAACUGCAACGACAUGA